GCGCAGUGCAUUUGUUUACAUCUGCAAAUCUUGCGUAUCUUGGUCUGUUUAUCACAGCCAAUCUCAGCCGUCUUUAGACCUUUUAUUGCUGAAAUUAAUAUUUACGUGCUACCGGAGAUUUUUCUUUUAACUUUUGCUGAUAUUUGAUUCUUCAAUUCCUGAAAAUGCGGGAGAGGAAAAGGGCUGAAAACUGGAGCGAAGAUCACACUCGGAAAUUGGCGGACGCCUACAAUCAAGUCACAAACGACCCCGAAACCAAGAACUUACGUGGGGAUGCCCAGUCUGAAAAAAUAAGAAAUUACCUGCUCGAAACCCACAAGGUUAGCAAAACGACAGCAGAGAUCCGAACGAAGCUUAAAAAUUCCAAGAAAGCUUUCAAAUUGCUGAUCCCGCAAUCAGAUUCCUCCUCCAGCGAUGACCCAUUGUUUGUUAACAUGAAGACUCUUUUUACCUCCUCUAAUUUCGAGGGCGACGAGAGUGUUAUGGAAUCUCGAGAACCAGAAUUUGAAGUGAUUGAAGAGAAUGUCUCGCCUGUUGAUGCUGAAGAAGAUGGCAAUGGACAGAAUAAAAGGAUGAAAUUCACUGUGAACAGAUCAAUUGGCAGAAAUCCAAAGAUCGUCAAUACGACGAGGCUGAGACAACGCGCGGCCCCAAUGGCCAAUUAUUACCACCAGCUGAGCGAGUCCAUGAAGGAGGAUAGCAGAAUCGCAAAGAAGUUGGUCCAGAUUGAGGAAGAGAGAUUGGAGAUGGAGAAGAAGACCAGUGCUCUGACAUUUGAAUUGCUCAGUCAAAGGACGAGAAUUGCGAAAGCCAAAGCAGAAAAAGUGGAGCUCGAAAAUGAACUACUUCGUGCUAAAGUGCAGGUUGAAAAACUAGAGUUGCAAAAACUGGCUCAGGAGCAGGCUCCAAAAACACCAACCAGAUAUGUUGUUCUGUCGAAGGAACUUCUCGAGUCGGCCAAAACAACCAAUAACUUGUUCUAAUGUUGUUGGCAGAGAAAUUACAAAAUGGCAUUCUAAGUACAAAACCUCAAAUCCACUUCUGUGUAAUCAAUUUAAGUUUUCCAAUCAAUAGCUUUUAGUGUAAAAAUUUUCAAGUUUCAACAUUUUUUUGCAUAGCACUUGCAUGAACUGAUCCAAUUAUUUAUGUAAACUGAUGUAAACCAGUAUCACCAAAUGAUCUAAAGAAAGAUUAAAAAAACACAAA